GCCUAAACGGAAGUAAUCUUCUCCGCAACUUUGUCCCUUAGGGCGGAAGUCUUCUCUUUUCCUUCUUUCUCUCCUUAUUUCUUCUCUAGAAAAUCCUUUUUCCUCUCGUUAUUUCGUCAAGCCAAGUCCCGCCAUAUUCCUUUGCCUACCCCUAACUUCAUCCAUUCCGAGUCUUAUCUAAUCCCUCUCCCCUCGCCUGAGGAUAAUGUCUAAAGAAGGAGAAGAAAUGGAGGCCAGUGAAUCACAGGAGACAGCUUCUCCUCCUACUACUACUCAUUCGCCGCUGCGGCCGGUAGGGGCAGAGUCAACUGUAACUCCACAAGUCACAAAGUCCUCGCUCUUAUCUCCUCCUGUCUCUCUCUCGUCAGACGCUACCAAAUCUCCCAUUCUCUCUCCUCCUCUAUCCUCUGAGAUUCUUUCAUCACUGAUCGCUGCUACAACAUCAGAUAAACAAGACGAAGUUACAGUCUCUUCUCUUAUAGCAGCUGCCACUGGCGUUCCUCCAAUUGAAAAUCCUUCAGCAGCUGCUUCCGCCAACAAUGGAACCAGCACAGCAGCUUCUACUACUACUACUACACCUUCAAAGUCAGCUCCAUCCAUCACUCCGCUGACAGCAGCUGGUAUUACUGGAGGUGUUGGAGGGAAUGGUCUCCUACCAUGCCUUGUCUGUUACCCAGGAGGGAAUAAUUAUUCCCUGGUUUGGCUCCCUUAUGAUUCUACAGCUGCUGCCACAAACACUUCCAUAGCAUCAACUCAGCCAUCAGUCCCAUCACUUCCUACCACUAGUACCAGUAACGCUACUCAGUCUUCAACUGUUGCUGCCACGCCCACAAGUGUUUCCAUGGUAACAUCUCCUCCUGCUCUUUCUCCUCCUCACACCACCUCAGGUGACAUCAGUCCGGCCGUUACUCCUAACAACCCGCUGUUGCCUAGCAACCUGUCGGCGGCCAUUACUCAGAGUUAUCUCCAACUGUUACAGCUCCAGCAACUUCAGCAGCAGCAACAGCAACAAGCCAGCAGCACUAAUGCAGCAACUGCCUCAGCUUCUAUACCUUUUGUAUCACCACACUCUUCAUUCAUGAGCUCAAGCAAUGACAUAUUGACGCAGUCCAUUUCUUCUAAUAACACACAAGUUACCCAGUCUCACAACUCAGGUCCUCCUCAAGUUGAAUUCAAUACAGGUUCUCAGAUCCAGUUGUGGCAGUUUCUCCUUGAGCUCCUGACGGACCGUGAGAGCCAGUCCUGUAUCAAGUGGACCUACAAACAGGACUGGGAGUUUAAAAUUGUUGACCCCCCUGAGGUCGCAAGACGCUGGGGGGAGAGAAAAAACAAGCCCACAAUGAAUUACGAGAAGCUAAGCAGAGGUCUUCGGUAUUAUUACGAUAAAAAUAUAAUAAAGAAGGUUCAUAAUCAGAGAUAUGUUUAUUUGUUUGUGUGUGAUUUGGAAUCUCUGCUUGGCCUUUCUUUCACUGAGUUGCAGAAAGCUCUUACAGCAAGUGGGGAGCAGGGUACGGCGAUUACGAUUGAGAAGAAGUUAAACACAACAAAGAAGAGUAAUUAAUAGUUUGGCUGGAAGAGAGAGAGAGAGAGGGACAGAAAGAAAUAAACACGUUCAUUAAUUUAUUAUUACAUUAAUAAUAUCAUUCAUUUUCAUCGACUUUUUCUUUAGAAACACAGUCAGUUAUAUUAUUAAUACUUUUCCUUUUUGUCAAUUGAUAAGAAUUUUUUGUCAUUUUCCACUUUUAAAAUUUAA